AUGACGGAAAAAUCGAUUGAAAUUAUUGAAAUUGAAAAUAAUAAUAAUACAAAAUAUUUAAAUGAAAUACAAGUAUCUGAAGAAAACCUUGUUUAUUCUGUAGAUUCUGAAUCAAAUAAUAAUAAUAAUAAUAAUAACAGUAGGAGUAAUAGUAAUAAUGAUGAUAAAAUAGAUACAGAAUCAUUAGAAUAUGUAGUACCAGAUGGAGGAUAUGGAUGGGUAAUAGUGCUUGUUGCAUUUAUGGUAAAUGUAACAACUAUUGGACAUAGUUAUACAUGGGGAAUAUUUCAAGAUUAUUAUUAUAAAAAUGUAUUCCACGAGCAAGUUUCUACCUCUUCCUUAUUCUUCAUCGGGUCAAUAGGUAUAAGUUCUAUUUUCUCAUUAGGUCCAUUUUUCACCUAUCUAAUAGAUAGGUUUGGUCAUAAACCUUUGAUGAUCACAAUACUUUUUGUAAUUUCUAAUAUAAUAGCAAGCUUUGCCGUAGCUGUUUGGCAACUAUUCUUAACCCAAGGACUAUUAUGGGGUAUAUCAUGUUCGCUUGCAUUCUAUUUGUGUAUUGUAACAUCUUCAUUAUGGUUCGUUAAGCAUCGAGGAUUAGCAAAUGGCAUUGCUAUAGCUGGUGGUGUUAGACCUUUGAUUUAUUCACCAAUAUUAUCCAAAUUAUUAUCUAGCAUUGGUCAUCAAUGGACAAUAAGUAUUUUUGGUUUAUGGGGAACUAUAUUAUUGUUAAUAUCAACAAAAUUUAUACGCCUUCCGCCUAAUUACCAUUUAAGAAAUAAAAACAAUGAUUUGUCGUCGUUGUCAAAGAAACAACAGAUUUUAGAUUUAAGCAUAUUUAAAAUUCCUGAAUUUGUUGGAUUAGCUUUGGUUUCCUUAUUUAUGUCUUUUGGAUUUUUUGUAUCAUAUUACUCAAUACCAU